CGCGUUUGUUGCUUAGCUAAAACGGCAAAACGAUGUCUUCCUGAGCUAGAUGCUUUUUCAAGCUGCGCUGAUCUACUUGCUCAUCCCAUAUUGCGAGUUGCGAUAUGGAUUGUAGGUAUCAUAGCACUAAUUGGAAACACAUAUGUUGCUUUAUGGAGACUUAAAAGAAACAUUAAUACCGUCAAUUCAUUUCUUGUUGGGCAACUAGCAAUUGCCGAUUUCUUAAUGGGAGUUUAUUUAAUUAUAAUCGCAUCAGCUGAUGCUUACUUUCGUGAUAAUUACAGCGAAAACGAACGAAAUUGGAUACGAAGCAUAACAUGUCAGAUAGCUGGAUUUUUGGCUACCUUGUCUAGUGAAGUUUCGGUCUAUAUCUUGGCUUGUAUCACUACAGACCGUCUUAUUUGUAUAGUUUACCCUCAUUCAAAGUCAAAAAUAACAUUAAGAUUGGCCAAAAUAAUAGCAGCAUGCGGCUGGAUUUUAAUUGCUAUCAUAUUUGCGAUUCCACUCUUUGACAUACAAUUUUUUAGAUAUUUCUAUUCCAAAUCUAGUGUAUGCUUGCCGUUGCAUAUUGCAACCGGUCAAGUUAAUGACUCUGAUCGAUCAUGGCUGUACUCUAUCGUCAUGAUUACUUUUACAAAUAUGGUAGGUUGCCUCUAUAUCUUGGGUGCUUAUAUUGCUAUUUUUAUUAAACUACAUCAAAAUAAGAAAGUCUUUAGCAAUAAGCAUACUAAUAAGCAAGACCGCGUCGUAACACGAAAUAUGGUUCUAAUUGUUGGCACUGAUUUAUGUUGUUGGAUUCCGAUUAUUAUCAUGACUUAUUUGACUUUAGCUAAUAUUCCAAUCGAUAAGACUAUCUUCGCUUGGGUAGCUGUCUUUGUUUUGCCACUAAAUUCUGCAGUUAAUCCUAUUAUCUAUACAAUGUCAUUGACUAUCUUUCGUAAACAAACCAUACAGCCUCAUCCUAGUAUAAUUGAUGUCCAUCAACAACGACGGCGAUCAACUCUAAUGUUGUUUACGCGUUCACAAAAUUCCAAUUUUAUCAAGCAGAUAUACGACAGUUCAAGUACAACCGUUACUAGUACUCGAAGUAAAAAAUCGUAA